AUGGUGACCUUUAGGCAGCUUGGAGAUCUGUUUGGGUUCACUAUGGAGAAGGAACCAAGUGGAACAUCAAGGAAAAGGAACUCCAAAGAGUUUGGGCUACAAUCGCUGAGGGGUACUCUUCCUCAAGGUCCAAGGCUGCUCAGAUCAGGAGCCCAGUGCUUAGAUAUGUGCACAAGGCUCUUGCCAACACCUUCUUUGCAAGGAAAGGCCACUGGACAAUCAAUGAGGGAGAAGUCAAGCUCCUUGACAUGGGAAUCAAGCCCAUCAUCUCACGCACAAGGAUGGGAAGAAGAUCAGAGGAGAUAG